AUGAAGCGCGUUCUGGAGUGCACGCUGAACGUUUCUUCACUGACACGCAAUGUCAGGGAGGAACACCUGCGGGAAAUCUUCGGCUUAUACGGAGUGAUCACCUCCUGCACUCUGGCCGUCGACAAAGUCGCAGGAAUCCCAAAGGGCUACGCGUACGUCGAGUUCGACUCCGUCCAAGAGGCCGAGCUGGCGCGCGAGCACCUCAACCAAGGGAUGCUGGACGGUCGUGCUAUGAAGGUCGAGUUCAGCUCGAAAGUCAAGGAGCAGCGACAAGGUAAAGCUGGCGAGGGAGAGUCACGAGUCAUAGUUCUCGGUGUGGCCUUUGAAUUGAAACUUGCGAACGGACCCAUUUCGCCUGUGGAACCGCAAAGGCUGGAACAUCCGAGAAGGCACGAGCGGCAGCGGCUGGGGCGCCCGCAUCUUCGGGGGCGCGACACGGUCGCGGAUCUCCGCCUCGGAACGGAAGUUCGAGACGGGAGCGGAGCCUCCCUCGUUCGUCGUAUCGGCGGAGGAGUCCGGAGUACUCUCUCUCGCCGCGAAGGAAAAAUCGGUCGAUAUCCCCUCCGUCGCGUGGUCGGUCUCCGGAAAGAGACGCUCGUGCGCCCAGGAGAGACCGCGACGACAGCCGCAGCGGCAGUCGAAGGCGCGGAGUCAGCCGAAGCCGCAGCCGAUAGGCGUUUUGUCUGUGUGUCGCUGUCGCCGACUGUUCCGUGA